AUGUGGUCUACAGCAGCUGUCUGUACGGUGUGCAUCCUAUUUGGGAUCAUAUGUGAUGUCAAGCAGGUGUAUUCGCAACCCGAAGUCAUACAAAGAAGGACAGGCCAGACUCCUGACAAAGUCACCAAGUUAGAGGAAGACAUCCGGAAAGUUAUUGAUGAACUCCACUCUUUGUCCGCUGAAACUGAAAGCACACGCAGCUUCUCAUCCACAGGAGUGGGGCUUGACUUAGAUGCAUAUUACAAUACUCUGAGUCACUUGGGAAUAAACAACAAUGUGACUUGGUCCUUCGGUAACUCCAUCGUUGACAUCCUCCUGGAAAUCCUCCUGGCUCCAGAACGGGUUCCUUGCACAUAUCCAGGGCCAGGGUGCCAGAAUCCUUACCAACGCAGCACCUCAGAGGACACCACCAACAACAACCUGCUAAAGUGUAAUCGCCACGAUCUGGCCAGGCUCAAUGACACACUGUGUGUUGACAUCCUCACGGGUUCAAGAGUGGGCUCUACAUCUGUGCUCAGCCUUUGCCAGGCGCUAAGCUCCCUCAACCCUAACCAGAUAGAGCAGGUGUGGAGUAACUUGUGUUAUAUUAUCCAAGCAAUGCUGUCUUCACUUCUCAGCAGGUCAGCUGACUGCAGUGGUGGCUAUGCAAUGCCUUCCCUGGCUGUCACUUCUCCCUCUGAAACUUUUCCCCUCCCUCAAUCUGCACCUCUUCGAACACGGAGAGAAGCCUUCAACCUCAAAGAGCUCGCCUGUGACUACAACAACUGGUUAGAAAACGAGGUGGCGGACGCUGUACUCGUGGCGCUGUGUAGCGAUAACCAACGUGAAGAGUUUGUCAAGCAAGUGUGUAACAAUGCUUUGCUGAUGAGGAAGCUGCUUGUAGAUGAGAUGAACAAUUGGCUGUUUGGAUACUGUGGCAACUCCUCUGCAGAUCUUGGGUAUAUGGUGAGUCAUUUCUGUGUCUAUGAUCAGUGGCUCAACCAACCUCCAUUCCAGGACACCACCUUACUGGAGUUCUGCAUGAACCUGGAUGGUCCCAGGCUGACCAAACUCAUCUGUGAGCACACUGGAUUCUUCAUGCUUUUAUUCUCUAACCCUAAAAAUAUGAAGUUCAUGCCUAACUGCACAAACGUUUUCCUUCCACCACCAGUCCCUGACAUGGGUUCACCGAUGUUAGAGUCUUGUCGUUACUCGGAGUGGCAUGAUUUGACUCAAAUUACCAGUGACAUUUUGUCACAGUGCAUCCGCCUCGAUCAAAAUGGUUUCACUCAAGAGGUUUGCUCUAACAAAACCUUUCUAAAUAGCCUGCUGAUUAACAAGGAAAAUGCCUGGCUUGAAAAUCACUGCAGCAGCUCUCUUAGCCUCCCACCCAGCCCUAAACCCACCCAGCCGUCCUUCAGCAUCACAGAAUGGUGUGACUACCACACGUGGGGAGAGCGCACGGUGGACAGUUCAGUGGUCGCCCUCUGUUGGCAGCAUGAUCAGCCUGCUUUUCAUAAGAACGUCUGCUGCAAAGCACCUUUGUUUGAAAAGCUCUUGCAGGACCCUCAGAACAAAUGGCUGAUGUCAGUCUGCGCAAACAUGGAGGAAAUAACGGUAGCACCACUGGUGUGCAAGUACUCUGAGUGGACCCGUCCCAUCAUCGUGGACAUGACUGAACUAGCUCUCUGCGCUGAGAUUGACCCACAUAACUUUACCUCCAAAGUUUGCGCUAAUGAGACAGUCCUCCGGAACCUGUUAGCCAAUCAGGACAACACCUGGUUGAUACAGCACUGUGCUAACUAUUCAAAUCCUGUGGUAUCUCCUGAUGGAAAUAAGGACAAUGGAGUGAGUGGAUUCAACCCCGCAGAGCAGUGCCAGUACUCCAGUUGGAUAAUCUCCCUUCCAGACGCAGCACUCCUGACUCUCUGCUGGGAGCAUGACCAGAGCAAAUUUGUCUCCUCCAUCUGCCCUAAUGCUGGUCUUCUCCUUUUGCUGUCCCGGGAGCCGGCUGCCGUAAGUCUAGUGAAGCGGUUCAACUGGACCUGCUCAGCUGACUUCACCUCAGCUUGCCAGCCUGGAGCCAGUCAGAAUAUGGUCCUGCAGAUGUUCGUGCGCUGCUGGGUGGAGAGUCUGACAUCCAGGGUGCAGGAUCUGCUGACGCCACCCGUAGCCAGAGUGUUGGAUCAGGCAAUCAGCACCGCAAUGGUUAUUCUUUUGGCUGUGGAGGACGCCCAGAACACUUCUCUGCAUGUCACUGAGAACAUAAGAGUGGGCGUGUUAUCAGCUGUAGUUCGCUAUCUCAACAGGGAAAACAACUUUGACAAAAAGAGGGUCUUGCUGCAGUGCUUUGGGACAGUCUUAACCAGCUUGAUGCAAACAGCAAGAGACAUGACCAGUGAUGAAUUCUACGUCAUUAAGGAGUACUUCAAUAUACCACUGAGUAACCUGGGGUCAGUGCUCAGUGCAACUCACGUCACUACAGUCAGACUGAUCCUUCAGUACUAUAGAAGAAACAAGGAUACACUAAAGUUGCCCGAUAAGUACCUGUCCACCAUGGUGUCAGUGCUGUUCAAGACCCAUCUGGUAAAAGAUGACAGUAUCUUCCCUGAACUGGCUCCCCUGCUCACUGCAGCCACCCCAGCUGACAUCCAAGCUCUGCCCUCUCUGCAGCACAACAUCAGUGUGACGGGGACCAUUAACAGAAACUUGUGGAGCAUGACUCCGGAGCAGCAGCAGGCGUUUGGUUUGUGGUACAGCAAAGUUUUGCCCCCCUCCGCCAUCACUGGAGGUCAUCAGUCACUCAUCAGGGACACUGGAAACAUAAUCGCCUACCUGCCCUUCCACAACUUCCAACACCUCUCACCUGCUCAGCUCUUGGUCGGGCUGGAUGUGUUGCGGAAAAACAGCCUCACUCCUCUAAAGCAGGAAUUCAUAGCUCACAGCAUCAUCGGUACCUACAAUAACCUGACAGCACAGGAUUUUAUCAGGCUGGGUAAUCUCUCCUGCCUGGCAGACCCAGAAGACCUUCUUGUGUACAAAGACACUGAGGUCUCCAGUGUCAUCCGGAAGGUUAUCAUGAACUGCACGCGUGAGGGACACAGUAUGCCCAGCAUUCUGAUUUCAAGUUUAUUUCACAACAACAAAGAAUUAAACGACCCUUCCUUGCUCAGUCCCAGUCAACUGGAAGAGCUGGCUCCGCUUCUGCCCUCGCUCGGUGUGACUUUCCUGCAGGAUCUCACUCCAUCGCAGCUGCUUACUGCCUUACCUGCCCUCAGCUCGGUUUCAUUCACUCCUGCUCAGGCUUCCAUAAUUCUAGACAAGAUCUCUUCAUCUAACUUUCUGAGCAGUCCAGGGAAGCUGCAGGAGCUCGGCUCCCUCAUUGUGGGAAUGAAGACGGAGACCUUGUUGACCCUGACCUCAGACAAGCUGCUGCUCUCCCUUCCUGCCAUGGCCGAACACACACCUGGUCUCAGGCCACCACAAGCCAAUGCUAUCUCAACCAAACUAUGGGGCUACCCAGAAGUGGUUGGUUGGUUGGAUAAGGUGGAGCCUUUGCUCUAUUGGACGCCUCUGCUCAGCAUCAUGCCCAGGACUCACCGGCUUGUGAAGAACAUGGCCGCUGCAUCUACAAAAUCCUGGAACACGCAGCAGGCUAAAGCAAUUUUUAACGAGCUGCUUGAUACUGACCAAGAAUCAAUAAACCCAGAUUUUCUGAGUCUGGGAACUGUCGGUCAGGGUGUGAGCUGCAGCCUCUUACAGAAACGUUUUCGGGCUGACUCCUCGCCAUAUUCAGUCAGAAGCAUCCUGACCCUCCUUAAGCGGCAGCCUGUUCCUCUCCACACAUCACUGAAAAUGUGUUUGAUCAAAGAGUUGCAUCAGUUUGAGUUCUUCUCUGAUCUGCUUAAAGAUCUUGGAGCUGAGAUUGCCCUGUCCAUGCCGGUAAGCACCAUUAAGAAGUUUCCAACAGAUAUGAUGGACACUUUGAGGAAGACGAUCAUUCAGGAACCUCUGCAAUUUCUCUUGCUGUCUAGAAUAAAACAAGAGCUGCUGGUGGACAAAAUAGUGCAGAGGAUGGAAAUGUACACAGGAGUGUUCACUGAGGAGGAGUUUCGUUCACUGGGAAUUAUGGCACCGUUUGUGGUGGAUGAGAUUCUCAUUCAGCUGGAUCGCAGCUUCUUCAAUGACAAUCUGGAUUUCCUCCAGAGUCUCUGCUACAGCAGCAGAAAGAUGGACAUCGUGGCUCGUAUCCUGCAAGAUCCAGCCACCUUUGGCCCAGUCAAGAACUGGGACCAGACAACAAUCAGACAGGUGGACCGGUUCCUGUUCUUCCUGCCUACCGCCCAACUGCAGGAGAUUUCCCUGGCACUGAUGACUGUGGGCCGUAUAGAGAAGCUGUUCAUGAGCCAGCGACGGUGGGAACGUGGGGAUGUGGGGAUGCACUGUUUAGACGACAAAGACAAGAAGAAACUUUUUGAAACUCAGCAGUUUGUUCUUCAGUUUUUCCUGGGCUUUCUCAAAAUACAUCCUGGGUCACCGACUCCAAUGGUCCCUACCUGUGAGAUUCUGCGUACAACAGCUCCGUCUGUUUGGACCUCCAGCAGUCUGACAAGCAUGUCUUCAUCAGCCUUUUCCAACUGUCUGGAGCUGAUGGGUCAGGACCCGUUCCUUGCAUCCUUUGUACGCAGCGAGGUGCUCAAGAAAGUCAUACAGACAUACGGCCCAAUAUCAACCUUCUCCCAGUCUGUGAUCUCUCAGCUGGGUAAAAUAGCAACAGCGCUGUCACCAGAGGAGCUGAAAAGCCUCCGACUGACUGAGCAAAGGAGCAUCGCUACUUUGGGUGCUGUCAGUACCUGGAACAACAGACAGCUGGCAGCGCUGUUUACCACCGCGUUAAACUCCACCAAGCUGAGUCCGACCCAGCUCGACUCCAGCACAUUUGUGGCAAUGGGAUACAUUGUGUGCGGCGCUAAACCCACAGAGAUGAAUAUGUUCAAUGCCGUAGAGUUCAGUAAGGCGGUGCUCUGGCUGGGUCAUCUGAGGUUAUCCUGCUCAGAGGAGCAGCUACUGGCACUUGUCGGGCUGCUGACACACAGUCUUGCUUUUGGACCCAUAAGUUCAUGGAAGACUGAUGUCUUCAUUGAGAUUGGAGUACUGGCAGCUGGUCUUCCAGACAUUGCUAUGUCAGCUUUGGUGAAAGAGCAAAUUGAAGGAAUCACACCUGAGGCAAUCUCAAUGAUACCGCCUAAAAAGUUUGCUGUGGUGUUUGACCAGAAGCAGAUAGCAAUGUUCUCCUAUGAGCAGGCUGCAGUAGUGACUGAGGAGCAGCUGGCUGCUCUGUCAGACGUUCAGAGGACAGCUCUGGCUAUGGUGCUGACGCCCUGGGAAGCCAGGCCGGUAGACUUCAGAGGGAAGUCACUGGGGUUAGCGCUGAGCCACAGUCCUCUGUGUCUCAUGCUGGGACUGCUGAUGCUGCUGAUCGUUCUGCCCUGCCCUGACCUGAUCUGCACUGGAACAUGACCCCAAUCACCCUUGCUGGAUCAGGAGACACCUCCUAAUCCACAU